UAUUAGAUUAUAUAUGUAUUAUUAUAUCUUACUAUUAAAAAGUUAAUAGCAACUUUACAACAAAAAGCUUUUAUAACCAAAACUUUUUAAUUCAAUCAAACUUGGCCACAGAAAGAAGAGAAAAAGAUUCGCUACAGCGCAAGAAAAAAUCGCUUUCGGCGUUCUUUACGGUGUUUAUUAUUUAUGUAAAUACAUAAGAGACAAAUAUCAAUAUACGAAAAUCUUCUCACUUUAAUAUUUAUCUGCUCAAAAAUCAUAGGUAUAUACAAAUUGAUUUUACGAUGAUUUAUUACUCGAUAUUAGAAGAGAAUUUUUCAAAUAAUAAAUAAUAUUUUUUUUAUAAAGGCAUGUACAAAUUCAGUAUAUCAGCCCCGGGUUCAUUGUUUUUACUUGGAGAACACAUGAAAAUGCAUGAAAAUAAGAAAGCCUUCGUGAUGACCAGCUUAAAUAUGCGUACCAAGCUUACGUUUACCUCGCUACCUCCAAAUGCAGUCAAGAUGGAUUUUAUCGAGCUGAUUUUCCCCAAUAUCCAAUUACACAUGAAGAUACCUUUAAAUCCAUUUCUUUUUCACUUUUUUAAUAAUAAUACCGACAAAACAAUCGGUGCACAUACCUUGUAUGAGAAAGUAAAAAUUUAUGUUAGCUCGUUAAUGGGAAAUAAUAACACAUGCGAUCUCAUACUCGGCCAACACGAAUCAAGUUUACAAACAUUUUUCUUUCUGCUCGUUUAUAUCGCGUAUCGACAUAUUAUUAAAAUAACAGCAUCUUUUAUUGUAAAAAUAUCGUCAGACCUGCCGAUCGGCGAGGGUAUGGGCAGUUCGACAUCAUUCGGGACAUGUCUCGCGGCAUGCUUUUGGCGUUGGUCGCUUUUACAAAAAGGAAUUGCACGUUACGAAUUCCACGCAGAAGAUACCUCGGUGAUAUCAGGUUGUGUAGCGAUUUGCGAAAGAAUCGUAUAUAAAUCUACGACAUCAUUCAACAUCGUCGUAUCUGUGCAUGGCUCAUUAUUAAUACUUAAACAGAAUUCAAUGAUAAAAAAAUAUGAUCAUUUUCCGAGUAUAAAGAUUCUAUUGGUCUGCUCAAAUGUUAAGCAAAAAGACGUGCAAAUGCACGUAGAUACGAGGCACUCACAAGAAUUCGCCCUAAAUAACAUCAGCGCUUUAGCAAAAGCAUCUAUUAAAGUAUUUAAAGAGAUUAAAAAAAUGGUAACUGAUUUAGGACAAGUUGCUUUGGAUGAUCCAUCGAAUCUUACUCUACGGACAUUAUCAGAUAUCGUUCGUAUAAAUCAAGAAUUAUUAAAUUCACUUGGAAUAUCACAUCCCAAUCUAGAUAUUAUCUGUGCAAUUGCACAGAAUCAUUCGCUAAGCGGAAAGAUGGCGUGUUUGAAUAAAUAUGGAUAUGCAUUUAUUUUAUUAUUGCCGAGCGUUACAGACGAUGACAUUGCCAAACUUAUAGAUGAAUUAAAAUCGCAUAAUUUUGAUGCUUCGAUAACUAGUUUAUGUGGAGAAUCGAGCGGAGUGAGAGUUGAAUAGUAUUAGGUUGGAGGGAGGGGUUGAAAUUAUUAACUUAAUUUAAGCGAAAUACGAAAAACGAACAAUGUAUUAACAAUACCAAAAAAAAAAAAAAA